AUGGAAGUGACUAGGUAUCAGUUCUCCAGGUCAGCCAACAGUUCUGAGGAAAGGGUCCUCGCUCACUACAGCGAGGUGUCCUUGUCCCUGGAAGGGCAGCCAGAUUUUCCAGAAGAACUCAAAGGCACCAAGAAAGGGAUGCUGUACCUCACCCAGUACAAAAUGAUCUUCCAGCACAAAGACAAGGGAUCCACCAUCAUCCGUUUCCCACUGCAGCUCUUAGGAGAUUGCGUCUUGGAGGAGGAGCCGGGCUCCAAACCUCAGCAUAUCAAAGGAACCCUGACGUCCACCCAGGGAGUCCUCGCCUUCAGAUUCACCUUCCAAUAUGGAGCAUCUGAUUGCCUAAACAUGAUAAAGGAUCUGACCGAUGCAGACAUAUUGAGAGAAGGUACCAACCUACAAGAAUACCCCACUGCCUCCAUCUAUACCUAUGCCCAUCCCGCUGCGCCCCGGACAGCUCGUUCUCUCAACAUGCUGCCAUUGUGGCCUCCCCCUUACCCUGGGCCACCAGACCUUCCUCCUCCUUAUUCUGAAGUGGAAGGAAUGUCUCCAAGAGGAAGCAGAGGCUCAGAGAUCCAGGAAAGCUGCUGCCAUUGCAGAGGACAGAUGAUCCAGGAUCAAGUUAACAGACAGGACUGA